AUGGAUAAGUCGCUGCCGUCUUACGAAGCGGCAAUGCGCGAUGCUAGAGAGUAUUUGCGACGUCGUGAUUUAUCGUCUCAGGAAGAAAUUCCACUGUACUUUGCUUGGCAGCGCUUGUACGCAGCUGCCAAUGCUAACCUUAGCACAAAUUUCUUACAAGAAACUCAUGAUGAGUUUCGUUCUCGUCAAGGAUCUCGACUUGCACCACGUCGAGGUGUCCCACCACCCUUACUCACGUCUUUUGACAAAAUCCGUCGCACAUCUGCUCAAGCUUCAGCAUUUUUGCGAAAAUCACCGUCAGAUGUUGCUAUUGAGAUGAUGGCACGUCGUUAUCGACGUGAAGCGGAAAAGCUACGCUCGUCUCGAGAUGAUUUGAUCAACUCAUUAAAGGAAGUUGAAAAACGGCGAAAGAAAGUGAGAUUUAGGAAAUCGACAUCAAUUUUGGACGAUGAAGACUUGCUGGCGAGUAGUGAAGAUAAUUUUUCUGAUACUGAGACGUAUAUAUCGAGUAGAGCUCAAAUGGAGAACAAGGCUCGAGGCUUUGACAAAAGAAUGAAGAAUUAUUUUCAAGGGAUGAGAAACUCGGGACUGGAGGAUGAGGAUGACGACGACUUUCAUGCUCCACCGGUGCUCAAAGCGCAUGCAACCGCAAGUACCAACAAGCUUAGCGAUAAUUGGAUGAAUGAUGAUUCCGACGACGAGUUAGGAGUUGCUAUUAAUCCUGUCAAAGCAGAACUGAAGUCGUCAACAAACCCGUCAGUAUCUAAAACUGCUAAUGUGGCAGCCUUGGAAGCACAAGUUGCAGAUUGGCGGAUGCCACCGGAUCUUAACCUUAAGCCUCUGGCUUCAAAGAAAGAAACUAUUCGACCCUCUUCAGCAACUGGGUCCCAUCAAAGCCAACAAAGUGGGUCGCGCGAGUCUAUAUCCGAAGUGGUUGAAAAGAACGACAUGAAGAUUGAUAAAAACGUAAAUGGACAAAAGGAGAACGAAUCACACGAAAUCUUGGAUCAAGAUGUCACUGGCCUUGUCAUCGAAAAUGCUAAGACACUGCAAAAUAAAGAAAAGUUACCUGCGAGUCAAGAUGUUGACGAUCACGAUAUUCCUCCCAGUCCCUCUGGUAUCGAUAAAAGGUAUUCUGACAUGCUGUCUAGUAGCGCGAACAUUACCCCUUUGAAAUCAGCAUUUCAACAAAAAUUACUUCAAUUGACACAUGCAGUGGGAGAUAUGCAGGUGUCUAUUAAAGGGAAGAAGCUACAAGUAACAUUUUCAGGUGCAAUCGACGAUGAGGCAGCUGACAAGGAGAAUUUAUCCGCUGAAAAGUCUACAGGGCUCUCACUUAAGGGGAAUGAAGUAGCAGAGGAUCACGACACAUUUGACAUACCGAUAAUUGAACGGGUAGAGAUGCACGAGAGAUCUCAUUCUUCGACAGGUGUCAGGUCUCAAAAUGAGGGCGAGAAUGCGUCUCGAACACAAAAAAAUGUAGAGAGUGCUGAUUCAAAUGCUGGUGGCGAAGACUGUUUAGAAAACGAUCAUUUGGACAUCCUCCGAGGUCGACAAGACAGUAUGUAUACCAAUAAUGGCUUCACGAAACAAUCCAGUCUUUCUAGUGCAGAUAAGCCAGAGAAAAGUGAAAAUAUUGAUUGUCAGUUUAAAUCUACGAAACAAACCGAGGAUGCAUUGAAGCGAACACCAACACCAGCUGGACUUGGCAAUGAUCGUGAAGCAAACGAAACAAUAGAAGAUAUCGAAGGGCGAUUAUUUGGGAAGAGAGUAUCUCAAAGGAUUGACGCUGAUCAAGAAACUUCACGUUUUAAGAGCAAUAUUGCUGACAAAGGCAAUGUCGAGGCGAGUAUAAAUGUUGUUGUCAAUUUGGAUGCUCUGGACAAUGUUCUAGAGAAUGAUGUAGAAAGUAGAGAAAGUAUCGUCAAAAAUGGUCGUGGCUUAACUUUUCGUCAAAAUAGCCGCGAAAUGACGCAACUUUAUGGAGGUGAGGGUGACGAAAACUGCUCAUCGAAAACGGCGGUCACUCAAGAGCAUCACAUGGCUGACGAGGAAGUGGGUUCUCAAAAUGGUUUUGAAGACUAUGAGCACGAAGAAUCUAGAAGUGAUGAUUACAGUUUUUCAAAGAAAGAUGUUAUGCAUCACGACUUGCAAUCUGAAAGAUCCAGGCAAGGAAGUCAGAUUGCUUUUGAUAGUAGAAAAAAAAUUCCGGGGGAACAACAUGAUCGUUUUGAUGAAUCAGUGAUUGAUUCACAGUCCACAUUUAGAGAUCACGAACUAGCUACAAAUUAUAAUGAAGACGACGUCUCUAAACGUUGUGACCGAAAGAAGCAAAGAAAACAGUGCGAACCUGGCUCGGCUCGAUCUAAACCACAUGACGUUACCGAAAACGAGUUGCAAUCAAAAAGCCAUGAUCGUGCAGAAUCGAUCGCUUCGUCUCAGCGAUACAUGAAUGGCCCGAUCGUUCAGUCCGAUGAUGUAUUGGAUAUGGAUGUACGCAAUAGCGAAGAUAGUGACGACGCCCACAGUGAUCACGAACACGCGGCUGAUCCUUGUCGAUAUGCUCGGAAUAGUGCCAGCUUUGGAGUGUCAAAGGGUGAUAAAUCGACAUCGCAUCAGCGUGAUAAUCAGACUCAUAGACGGCAAUCGCUUCAUAAAAGCUCUACUGACGCAGCUCGUGGAUGGAAACCUAGCAUGACCAGCACAAAUACAAGUGAUUUGACGCAACAAAAAAACCAGGAGUGCGAUACGCAGUAUCUAAGUGAUGAAAGUGAUGACACCAACGUCGACAACGACAUUGAUCAAGAAAUGAAAAUGCAAGAUAAAUCUGUUACGUUUAUUGAUGAUGGCGUUAACAAAACGGUGGAGCACCGUCAUGCGGUACAUCACAAUGCGUCGGGUCGUUUAUUACGAUCUGAGCAGAGUGCAAGGACUCAAACUCGUACUGCGCGCCAGUCUCACAGUGAUUGCGAUCAAGUUGUUAACAAUGAAGUCUACAAUGACGAAGAGCUUUGUAGUGAUGAAGAAUUAUCCUACGGGGAAGGGAGUGCUCCUAAACCAGAGACUUUAUUCCAGCGAUACCAAGAUAGACGACGCAAUCGAACUGAUCGACAAUCGGUAGCUAGCAAGACAGAGACACGUGGCAGAAAUUGGGGUUCCACACAUUCUAAGUCAACUCAGCCUACAUUAUCUGACAAACGAAGAGUAAAUACCUACGACUCUUCUAGUGAUAGUCAGAAUGAUCACGACGACCGAAAUGAACGUAGAGUUGACCAUUGCUCAUGUUCAACACACGACUGUCAUUCCUAUCGAUUGAGUAAAUCUUCUCCCAGUAAUAAUCGAUCUAAUAUUCAAUAUGCUGCACACAAAGGAAGUCAUUCUUCGGAACGGAGUACUUCAGACGUUCAAAACAAUCGAAAGGCUAGGGUGAAGAGUCAAAUGAGGUCAAAUAAUGCUACAGACCGGCAUCCAAAGGGAAUUGUAUGGCCUCCUGGGAUGGAAGAAGAGUGCAUUGCUCGACUUGGUCUUGAUGUUCAUCAUCCAAUUGCACCACCAGGACUAGAACAUUUAGUGACUGAUGAACAAUGGGCGGACUACUGGAUAUGGCUGCACUGGUAUUCGUCGUGGCAGAUGUGGUAUUUAAAAAAUGACAAGAAAUUAAAACGCCGAUCAAGUGAGGUGAAGCGAGGUCAUCACCCUGCAGAUAUAAAGGAAGCAAAAUAUUUGAGAAAGAAAGACUGUUCUAACGCGAACUGGUGGGUCGACGUUGGCUCAAAUGAGCACAAACACCGAAAAGAUCGGUGCCGUUAA